AUGGACCGCGUUCAGAUCUCGGAUCCGGACCCGUUCAGCGCGAAGGCAUCGGAUUACAUGUCAACUCCCGCAGCCUUCGUAACGCCAGAGCUUGAACUGGGCGACCCGAUCGUCAAAAAGCUUCUGCGUUCCUACUCUGGCGUUCCGGUGCUCGAUAAAUCGCGACACGUCAUUGGAGUGCUCUCGCACAAGGACAUAUCGGCCGUCGAAGUGCUCGAGAAGAGCAAGGUGAAAGAUGUCAUGAGCAAACCAGCACACGUCGUGACGAGUGGUGCGAAUCUCGCCCAAGUCUGGGCUGAAAUGCUGCAGUGGAAGGUCUGGCGGCUGCCCGUGGUCGAUCCAGUGUCGAAGCAACUCGUUGGCGUAUUGUGCCGCUCGGACAUCCUGACUCCGAUACUGAACACUGCUGAAGACAUUCGUACGCACGGUGAGGAAGUCGAGCGUGAAGAACACAUGGGCAUGCUCAAAGACGAAAAAGACGAAGAGGAUGCGUUGGCCGAUGACGAAGGAAGCGCUGAAUUCUUCUCGGCCGACGCCGACGCCGACGUCGUCGACGACGCCGACGACGACAACGGCGAGCCGUACUCGCGCACCCCUUAA